CUGUUGCAAUAACAACAACACGCGCCACUGAGAUUCUAUCUUGCUCUUAGUUUUUGUUUGAUUUUUUUUCUUCCCUUGAUUUCCUGUUCAAUUAUAGGGGGUCCUUACCGGGGGGGGCCCUGGCAUUGAUUAUUGACUUUAUUCUUUUUUUUUUCUCUCCCCCGUUUUGUCUCUAUGUUUCGCGUUCUACUACGCCACAUUAUUACCUUGCCUUCUUCCUCUCUAGGUAGGGUUUAUUAAAUGUUUCUCAUUGACGACCGACGACGACGACGACGACAGCACACUUGAUCUGAUUCUUCCUGGCCAUGUAUCUGCCGCGCCAACUGAUAUCUCACCUCUACCUCCAACUCCUCCGAUCCCACCAUCCUCUAUCCCCUCCCGUGUUGAUCCUCGUUGCCCUGGAACCGGAUGCCCUGUGUGCCUGUCGAAUCCUCACUGCUCUCCUGAAACGCGACUAUAUCCCCCACAAGAUUCAGCCCGUCGCUGGCUAUGGCGACCUCUCGCGCGCGGGUGAGGACCUGGUCCGGCCCAUGCAGACGACCAAUGGCGGAAGUGGAGGAGUAGUGGUUUGUCUGGGGGUUGGCGGGCUUGUGGAUCUCAGUGAGAUUCUGGGGUUGGGUGGUGCAGACGAUGGGGAGGAGGAGAAGGAGGAGGAGGACAUGGGUGGGGUGGAAGUUUGGGUGUUUGACGCGCGACGGCCGUGGAAUUUGGCCAAUGUAUUUGGUGGAGAGCCAGGACAGGUGUUGGCCGAGGCUAAUGUCAGAGCUCUUCGGCGGAAAACGCGUGGUGUGGAGAAUGGGUGUAUCAAUGUUUCGUAUACGACUGGGAAUGGGGGUAUCGUUGUCUAUGACGAUGGCGAUAUCGAGGAGGAAAUGGGGAAGGAAAGGGAGGCAUACUGUGCAUUACUGGAGAUGCCGGAGGUGGAUGAGGAGGAGGAAGAUGAUGACGAUGAUGGAGGGAGCGACGGCGAUGUUGAGCCGCCGUCGAGCACCGAUUCGAAGAAACGCAAGUCGUGGUCACGCGAGGAGGACGAGGAUGAGUCCGAGGAAGAAGAUGGACCACCUCGACAGCGGAGGAGGAGUAACUCUGGAUCAUCAAUCGCCUCAUCACCAACAAGGGCACGAAGACGUACAGCGCAUGAUUCUUCGAACUCAUCACGAUCUGUGACACCUGUUUCUGACUCUCCAUCCCCCGCACAGCAGAAGCAGCCCUCUGCACAGUCACUGAGGCGGCGGCUGCUUCGAUUGAAGCGGAAACACGAGACUGUCUUGCAGCAGUAUUAUUCUUCCGGAACUUCAUACUCCGAGCCAAUCUCUUCUCUGAUGUAUUCUCUUGCCUCUGAACUUGGCCGAGAGGAUAACGACCUCCUUUGGCUGGCCAUUGUUGGGGUCUCUAGCUUGGAACUCAGUGGCCGCACUAUGUCCGGGGUCGGCAUCUCAAACGCAUCGGAGUCGGGUGGUUUGGCAGGAUGGGGGGGCGAGAGAGGAGAGCGAAUACGGCAAAUAUUACGAGAUGAGGUCCAUCGACUGAACCCUCCAGAUCCAAGUGAACGAGACCGUGAUAUCAGAGGAGAGAUUAUAGGUGUUAUCCCAACUACCGCCAAAUCGCCUACUGAUAAGUCCAUCCGAUUAUCCCCAGAGCCGCGCUUUAUCCUAGUGCGACACUGGUCUCUCUAUGAGAGUAUGCUCCACAGUCCAUACCUGGCAUCUAGGCUUCACGUCUGGACUGAGAAUGGAAAGAAACGGUUACAUAAGCUCCUAGCGAAGAUGGGAAUCAGUCUGAGCCAAUGCCACCAGAACUAUACACAUAUGGACAUGGAGUUAAAGCGCGUGUUACGGCAACGGCUGCUAAAAUACGCACCCAUGUAUGGGUUGGAUGGUCUAGUACCUCCGGAAGUGUCUGGGCAUGCUGCUUCUCGGGAGGGAUGGGGAUUUGUGCGUUGCUGGGGGUGGAAGGCUUGUCUCUCCGCUACGGAUAUUGGAGUCAUUGUGGGUGCAAUUCUAGAGGUUGGACCUGAGGAAGUUCCAGGUGCAUGGGAUUCCAAGCGUUUACCCCGACCGCGCAGGAUACAAGACGGCAGCUCUACGGAGGAAACCGAUCCAGACCCAUCUAACCUUCUUCCUCGGUUCUGGACCGCGUACGAUGCCCUGUCCUUAACCUCAGAAUCCCCCACGCUUCUCCUAGAAGCCCUUCCUCUUGCGCAGCAUCUCCACCGUGCCAUUCUUCGCACGGGCACAUCGUUGCUAUCGAAGCACCAGAUCAGACAUCUGCGCGCUUUCCGCAUUGCUGUUGUCAAGGAUGGUCCGGAUGUUAAGCUGUUCACAAAUCCAGGCGCAUUAACCAAACUGGCAUUGUGGAUUGCGGAGGCCAUUCGGGUGCAAGAAAGGGAUCGGGGCGACACCAUCAAGAUUGGAAAGAGGCGGGCGACGGGUACGCCCCUGGUUCUUGCGGGACUAGACGAGGACCGCGGCCUCUACGUAGUCGUCGGCACUGGUGGAGGAGGGGGCGUUGUUGACUUUGCUGCCUUAUCCAGACGUCGGGAAGAGCGCAAGAAGAAGAAAGAAGCAAAGGAAAAGAAGCGGAAAGAACGGGAGGUUGCUCGUGCAAAGCGUGCUGCCGAGCACGCUGCUCGAACGGAAGAUGGUGACGAAGAGGCAUCGGAGGAAUCGGAGGAGGAAUCAUCCUCGGAAUCCGAAUCCGAAUCCGAAUCUGAAGAUGAGCAAGACAUGCGCAGCAACAAACAUCUUCUGCGCAAUCGCUUUGGUAUCGCCUUCCAGGAGGUUGUGCAAGAAACCAACACGCGCGUGCGCAUCGAUAGCUUCGAGCAUUGCGUGGUCGAGGUGCAGAAAGAGGACCUGGGAGGGUUCCUCGAAGCGCUGAGCUUCCGCAGCGUGGUUGGCUGAGCUAGCCCGGGGGUCUACCCCCAUCGUUGUCUACCUUUUUUUUUUUUUUUUUUUGG